AUGUCGAAAACACACCAAUCACUCUCCAGCAUCCCAUCCUCCUUUAUCCUCCUCUGCAUCCUCAUCUCCCUGCCCUUCCAAGUAAUUUCACAAUCCACCGAGCAGUCGAUCCUCCUCAAGCUCAAAGACCAAUGGGGCAAUCCGCCGUCCAUCCAUUCCUGGAACUCCUCAUCCUCACCGUGCGAUUGGCCAGAAGUCAACUGCACCAACGGCGCGGUCACCGGACUUUUCCUCAGCCAAAAAAACAUCACGGAGAAAAUUCCAGCGACCAUUUGCUACCUGUCGAGCCUCGCUGAGCUCGACCUCGCAUGGAAUUUCAUUCCAGGCGAGUUCCCCGACUCUCUCUAUAACUGCUCGAAGCUCCAAGUCCUCGACCUCUCACAAAAUUACUUUGUGGGCCGAAUUCCAAACGACAUCGACAGGAUGUCGUCUCUCCGAUACUUGGACCUUGGCGGGAACAACUUCUCCGGCGAUAUUCCGGCGGAAAUUGGCCGGCUGCCGGUGCUACAGACCCUCCGGCUUUAUCAAAACUUUUUCAACGGCAGUGUUCCGAGUGAGAUUGGGAACCUGUCGAAUCUCGAGAUAUUUGACAUGCCUUUUAAUGGAAAUUUGGUGCCUGCCCAAAUCCCAGCAGACUUUGGAAAGUUGAAGAAGCUCAAGCGUUUAUGGAUGAAGCAGACGAAUUUGAUUGGUGAGAUUCCAGAAAGUUUUUCUGGUCUUCUGAGCCUCGAGACAUUGGAUCUUGCAAGAAACAAUUUGGAAGGAAAAAUUCCUGGUGGGUUGUUUUUGUUGAAGAAUUUGAGCGAGUUGUUUCUUUUUCAUAAUAAAUUGUCAGGGGAGAUACCAAGUACUGUGGAGGCUUUGAAUUUGGUUCAAAUUGAUCUCUCUAUGAACAAUUUGAGUGGUUUGAUCCCACAAGAUUUUGGCAAGUUGAAGAAUCUGACUAUUCUGAACCUGUUUUCGAAUCAAUUAACGGGUGGGAUACCAGAGAGUUUAGGCUUAAUUCCGGAGCUGAAGAACUUUCGGGUUUUUAUGAACCAGUUGAAUGGGACUUUGCCACCGGAACUAGGCCUUCACUCCGAGCUCGAAGCAUUUGAGGUCUCGGAGAAUCAGCUGAGUGGUUCACUACCGGAACAUCUAUGCAGCAGUGGCCUUUUGCAAGGAGCUAUUGCAUUCUCUAACAAUCUCAGUGGAGAGUUGCCUAAAGGGCUUGGAAAUUGUGGUUCUUUGCGGACACUUCAGGUCUACAACAACAAUUUUUCGGGGGAGGUACCUCAGGGACUUUGGACUGGACUAAAUCUGUCCAGUUUGAUGUUGAGUAACAAUUUGUUUUCUGGUCAGCUUCCCAGCAGCAAUCUGGCUUUGAAUCUAUCUAGGCUGGAAAUUAGCAACAACAGAUUUUCUGGUGAAAUCCCAUUUCAAGUCUCUUCUUGGGAAAGUUUGGUUGUUUUUAAGGCUAGUGGGAAUUUGUUUUCUGGGAAAAUCCCAAUAGAGUUGACCAGCCUUUCUCAGUUAAAUACUCUGUUACUCGAUGGCAAUCGACUUUCAGGGGAAUUACCAUCGCGGAUCAUCUCAUGGGGGUCCCUGGAUACUUUGAAUCUCUCAAGAAAUGAGCUUUCAGGCCACAUUCCAGCAGCUAUUGGUUCUUUGCCUGACCUGCUUUACUUGGACCUGUCAGGAAACCAAUUCUCAGGUGAAAUCCCAGCUGAGUUUGGCCACUUGAGGCUCAAUUCCCUCAACUUGUCUUCCAACAAGCUUUCUGGGAAAAUCCCAGAUGUGUUUGCUAACCGUGCAUAUGAAGACAGUUUCUUGAAUAAUUCCAAUCUAUGCGCCGGUACCCCAAUUCUAAAUCUUCCCAGAUGUUACACCAACAUCAGUGACUCUCACAAGCUGUCCUCUAAAGUCCUUGCCAUGAUUUUAGUGCUUUCUAUUGCUGUGUCUCUAGUUACUGUUUUAUUGACCUUUUUUAUAGUCAGAGACUACCAGAGGAGAAAGCGCGGUCAAGACUUGGCAACAUGGAAGCUCACCUCAUUCCACCACAGAUUGGAUUUUACAGAGUUCAUUGUGUUGGCCAAUUUGACAGAUAACAAUCUCAUUGGAAGUGGAGGGUCGGGGAAAGUUUAUCAGGUUAGUACUAACUGCCCGGGUGAAUUCGUGGCUGUGAAAAGGAUUUGGAAUACCAGCAAAUUGGAUGAGAGGCUCGAGAAAGAAUUCAUUGCUGAGGUUGAGAUACUGGGCACAAUCCGGCAUUCGAACAUUGUUAAGUUGCUGUGCUGCAUUUCCAGCGAGAAUUCGAAGCUUCUUGUAUACGAAUACAUGGUGAAUCAGAGCCUGGAUAAGUGGCUACAUGGAAAGAAGAGAAGGUUAGCAUCAGGCAUGGGAGUGGUUCACCAUGUUGUUUUGGACUGGCCAACCAGGUUGCAGAUUGCCAUAGGGGCUGCUCAAGGCUUGUGCUACAUGCACCAUGACUGCUCUCCACCAAUAAUUCAUAGAGAUGUGAAGUCCAGCAAUAUCUUGUUGGAUUCUGAAUUCAAGGCUCGUAUAGCAGAUUUUGGGUUGGCCAAGAUUUUGGAAAAGGAUGGAGAUCUCACAAUGUCUGCUAUUGCAGGCUCCUUUGGCUACAUGGCACCAGAGUACGCUUACACAACGAAAAUCAACGAAAAGAUCGACGUUUACAGCUUUGGUGUUGUGCUCUUAGAACUAACAACCGGGAGAGAACCCAACAGUGGGGAUGAACAUACGAGCCUAGCAGAAUGGGCAUGGCGGGUAUAUAGCGAAGGAAAGACCAUCACCGAUACCCUUGAUGAGGAGAUAAUGAAACCGUGCUACUUGGAAGAGAUGGCUACUGUGCUGAAACUAGGGCUCAUUUGUACUAGUACAUUACCUUCAACUCGGCCUUCCAUGAAGGAAGUUCUGCACAUUCUUCGUGGGUAUGGUCCCUCAGAAGGCUUUGAAGUGAAGAAGAUGGGAAGUGACUUUGAUGUUUCUCCCCUCCUUAGCAGUGCCACCUACCUUUCCAGUUACAAACGCAGUAAAAAGGUGGACGAUAGCUUAGUUUACAGUGUGUGA